UGAUGAUUGUGAUGUUUAUUUUGAUACAUUUGAUGGAUUCAUCAGAGUCUGGUAUUGCUCCGACCUGGGACCAAUGUGGUUGUCGUUGGUUACCUUGGGAAGGGUGGUCAGAAUGCAGUGCUGAAUGUGGUGGGGGGAGUAGAUACAGGAGCAGAAACGUAUGGGUCUAUGACAUCUGUAACAGAAGCUUUUCUGCUUGUGCAAGCUAUGAUAUGGGGAGUGAAAGGGGAGACUGCAACACAUUUUGUUACCAAGGAACACACCGCCUUAAUUUUGGCUGCAAUUGUCACACAGGAUGGUAUGGGAGUUGUUGUAAGAACCAAAUAACAUGUGGAGAUCCAGGUAAACUAAGCAAUGGACAUGUGACAGGAUCCACAUAUACCUACGGCAGUACACUAUCGUAUCACUGCAAUCAGUACUAUAAUUUGACUGGUGGAACCAGAACUAGGAGAUGUCAAAUCAAUAGUAUCUGGAGUGGACGUAAACCACGGUGUGCAUUUGUGAAUUCCUGUGCAAGUAACCCUUGUCAAAACAAUGGAACCUGUGUGGAUGGUUUGGAUCGCUAUAACUGUGUCUGUACAAAAAGCUUCACGGGGAAAAAUUGUGAAACAGAUAUCCAGCCUCCAGUGAUGAGUGGUUGCCUUGACAACAAGAUGGUCUUUUCUUCAACACCUGAAACUUUCAUUAACUGGACAGCACCCAACUUUUAUGACCCCGUUGGGAAGACUUUAUUUGUUUCAACUAAUUAUCCUGAAAACAGCUGGAAAUUUCCAUGGGGAGAUUAUACAGUUCAGUAUGUGGCUCUGAAACCCUCAAAUGGUUUGCGAACAAGCUGUUUAUUUAAUGUAAAUGUCCGACCUCAUCCUUGCAAGGAUCUAAAUAUUCCCCAAAAUGGAGCAAAAGUGUGUAAUGGAUGGAAAACUGAUUAUGGUGAGUUUUGCCUCGUCUUCUGUGGGCCUGAGUACAGUUUGGAUGUGAGAUUCAGCCAUCACCAGUGGUACGUCUGUGGAGCGAGUGGUACAUGGGCACCGGAUGGGACUAUGCCCAACUGCACAGGAAAUUUUCUGACAAGGGAGACGGAUGAUGACAGAUUUAGAUACAACAACUGCUCCUCAGCGGAUCAGAUCAGCGACAUGCAAGAAACAUAUCUUAUGACACUUCAGUCAUCUAUGUACGCUUACUUCUGUUCAAGAUUCAGUGACUUUUGUCAUAAACAGAACGUUCAUGUCUUUUGUACAUAAU